GGACUCAGUGAGUCAUCAAGUGUCGGUGAAAACUGCCCCAUAAACCCAAAAGCUGAGAACUCCGAGAAAGGCAUUGUUUUGUUCUCAAUCUCAGCAUCAGCAAUGGAAGCCAUGAAUCAGAAGAUGGUGAUGAGUUUGAUUCUGUUGUUGUUCUCUGCUUUGGGUGUGAGUGCUUGGACUGGUGAAAUCCAUGGAAGAGUUGUUUGUGAUGUUUGUGGGGAUUCUUCUCUUGGACCUGAAGACCAUGUUCUUGAAGGUGCUGAGGUUGCUGUUCUUUGCAUCACCAAGUCCGGGGAGGUUCUAAAUUAUCAGGCAUUUACUGAUGCUAAAGGGAUAUACACAGUGGCAGAGACAAUGCCUGAGAGUGACCGUUGGGAUGCAUGUCUUGCUCGACCCAUCAGCAGUUUCCAUGAGCACUGCACUCAUCUUGGUCAGGGCAGCCCAGGGGUGAAAUUCAGUUACAAUCACCCAUCAGGACGUUCACAUUCUGUCAGAACCUUUAUUUAUCGACCUGUCAGUGUUCCAACAUACUGCAUUUGAUACACAGUGGCUUGUUCUGAAUCUGGCUGUGCGUGUGCUUGGUUGAACUUCAAUAGAAACUAAUGAGUAUAUGGACAUAAUCUCUUUAUAGUGUAUGUGUAGUUUUGAUCAGUAUGUAUUUAUAUGGAGGUUGGUCUAAGUACAGCAUGAAAAAUUAUAUAAAUAAUUGUAAAUGGCAUUUACAUAGAGAGCAAUUUAAAUUCA